AUGAGCUCUUAUGUUGACAGCUGCAAUCUCAGGCAAACAAGCGAGACAACUUCUCCUAACACUAUGUUUAGUUUCGAUCUGUCUGGGCGCCCGUCCAGCGGCUAUGCGGGUGUUAAUGUGAACGGGAUAUUCACGUGUCCCGUCCCAACGACCUCUGGUGAACGGGAGGAGAUGAAAACUAGCCUGCGUGGCAAUACGGAUCCUCCUCUCCCGUCAGGACCACAGAUAACCAUGGUCUCCAGUAGCUCGUCUGUGAACGCCAGCGGUCUCAGCUACGGCACCGGCACGCUGCUGGGACGAGGGACGGAAAGAGACCCGGAGAGGAGCGCCAAGUCCGGCGGCAACAAGAGCCAAGAGGGCGAGAGAAACGCGGAGAACACGCAAACGGUGAAACGACACACAAAUGUGAGCCAGCGUCAGGACAGUGAGCCGCGGCCACAGAUUUAUCCAUGGAUGACAAAACUGCACAUGAGCCACGAAUCGGAGGGUAAGCGGUCCAGGACCAGUUACACCCGCUACCAGACUCUGGAGCUGGAGAAAGAGUUUCACUUCAACCGGUACCUGAGCCGCCGCAGGCGCGUAGAGAUCGCCCACACCCUGUGUCUAAACGAGAGGCAGAUCAAAAUCUGGUUCCAGAACAGACGAAUGAAGUGGAAGAAGGACUCAAAGAUCAAAGUGAAGGAAUAAAAGAGCACCAUGAGAGCGGGGUGCAUGCAGCACGUUUUCAGCCCCACACUGCACAGUGCUGGAGUGCCGCCUGACCUCCAGAUGAACUGCUAGGAGCAAUGACAUCAUGACACCGCGCUGUGUGCUUCAUCACCAAUUAUGUGUCACUUGCUGCAGUUUGGGACCUAAUGUAUUGAAUAUCACUCACUUUGAUCAAUCGGUUUACAUUUUUAAAUUAAUUUGCUGCCCAUGCGACGAUAACCUCACUUUGCUGCACGAAGUGGACAAGAGGUUGAGGGGAGCCGGGCCCUUCAAACUGCGAGGCUAUGUAUAGGUCUGCAGUGCACUGAAGGGCUGCACAAUGCUACCAAUUAUGGUUUUUAAUUAGGAUACAAGUGGUGGAGGCUGGGUGGUAGCCUGCAUCAUUUCCAACUAUAUAUAUAUCAUCAUCAUGUGAUUAAAAAAAACAAAAUUCAACGUCAACAAAUCAAAAUAAAGGCAAAAAUAUUUCUGUCUGAUUACGAGCUAUCCUGUAAGCAACACUGAGAUAGAUUCCCACCAGUAAAAAAAAAACACACCACACUUUACCAUCUCUUUGCUUUUUCUUUUUAAAUCCACUCUCUGGUAUGUUGCAGUGGUUGAAUGUGUGAUAUGUCCAGUGAGCCAAUAUCGCCGUGAGUGUGUCUCUGUCAAGGCAUCAUCCCUGUUGUCUGUCAUAUCAUUGUGAAUCUAAAUCGUUCUGUAUAAUUCAGCGACUGUAUGUGUUAAUAAUGUGAUGUGCAAUGGAGCCAUUUCUCCUGCCCUCUGUAAACUUAAGGUGCCUGGUUCACGCGAGGCCCAGAAUGACUGAUA